AUGUCCCGUCUGUUUGAAAGAGAAAGUCGCAUACUAGACCCAGAAGCAUCACACCAUGGGGACUCCCUGCAACGCAUCCAACGCCAACAGCGAGACAUCCAUCGCCAGCUGCAGGGGCUGAUUAAUGCACAAUCCAGCGCUCUUCUUGCCCCCGAUCCGAGUGAUCCCGAUUCCCCUUCUCCCAAUCCAGAAGCUACCGAGGAAAGAAACCUCACACCAGCUUCCUCUACAGCGAGCUCGUCCAUACCUCCAGCUUCUAUACCGGCCACACGACGUGGACAUGCCAAGACGUCACUGGAGAUUGCCCGGAAUGGAAUCGUUCGCCUCAUCGACAAGUUGUUGGAGCUGGAAGAGGACGAGCGGCGCAUCCUGAGGCAGCUUCUGUUCUCGACGGAACGGGCGCUCGACGACAUUGAUGAGUUCAACCAGAAGAAAGAUGGAUUGGAAAAAGCUAUCUCUGAUAUCCAUGACGCAGAAGAGAGUAGACGCUCGAAACGGCUGCAAGAGAAGGCCCAGACCCUGGAGACUGACAUUCAGGAACUGGAGACCAGAUUAUACGAGAUGAAAGUCAAGCAUAAGCAGAUGGUCAACGAGAUCUCGAGCAUCAAUAAUUCGGUCGACGCUAAGCUGUCUUCCUACACGGAGUCCUUGUCGCUGCUCCAAGCGGAUAUGCGUGAGUUUCUAGUCCACCCUCCCGGUGAAACUUUGAAUGGAUUCGAGAAUAAGGUCCCAUUCUACUCGCUGCAACCCAAACGCCGCACGCUUCCCAUGGCGGAAGAAUAUUUCAACAGCGAAUGGACAGGCCUGGAAAGGAAAACACAGGAUAUUGAUAAGGAAAUAUUGGCCCUGCAGCAAGGGGGCAGUGCCUGGAGUGAGGUCGUGACCGAGGUGACCGGGUUUGAGAAACGCUUGCGGAUCAGCAUGCGUCAAUACAUGCGGAUAGAUAUGAACGCUGGAUUGGAUGAAGCCGAGAAGACCAAGUCCAGGAACGAGCUGAUUGACAGUGUCCUGGGGGAUUUGGCCAAAUCCACGCACUUUGUCGACCAUGUGAUGAAGCUUGCUGAGAAGAAGGGUUGGAAUCUCGUUAUCUGCUGUGUUGGGGCAGAGCUUACGGCACUGCGGCAGGCAAAGAGCAAGCUUCGUAAGGCAUUUGGCCUCCCUCUGCGUGGGAAUACGCCAGUUGAGUCUCCUGAACAAGAACGGGACCACUCCGUGCUUGAUGAAACCCCGGAUCCUCUUGGAGUCGACAACCCUGACUCCCCGGAUGAUUUAUUGAAGGACGGUGAUCCGCAUCAUACGGAAUCGAGGUCCGAGGAUGAGGAAGCUGAUCCUCCAGCUGAUUUGCUCAAGGAUGAAGAACUCCAUCACACCGAGUCACGGUCUGAAGAUGACGAACCUGACCCGUCGUGGCUUCUCUCAGAACCUUGA